AUGGCCUGCGGCGGCGGCGGCGGCAUUUUCAGCCUGGCGCUGGGCUACGUCGUCAACGAGUUCUUCGUCCAGGGCCUCGCCAACAACCGUGCCUUCCAGAGGUUUGCUGUGAGGACCAACAAGACUUUCGAGAAUCUCUCAUCUAGAGUUAAACAAAUGAGGGAGGUGUCAGAGCAAAUUAGGGAUCCUCGUGGGCAUGAUAAUGGCUUCAAGCAGUGAUGCCGACUCCUAGGCGUACAAUCCUGCUAUCAGCGUUCCCGGUCAUCUUAUCCUAGUUUUGGAUGCCAUCCUCAAGUGGCCAUUGUAUAAAAUCUGAAUCCUCAAGUAGCAUUAUUCUACUCCUUGGCUGAGCCUCAGUUCUACAAAUUUCUAUGCUGGAACAAAUUACUAUGUGGCCUGCCGUAACAAAUUCUAGUGAGGUAUUCUCCUUGGCUAGCCUCAGUUCUUCAAAUUCAUGUCCUUGGCUGCCAAAUCUAUAACAGUGACUAUGUUGAUAUCCAAGAAAUAUCAUCGUGUUCAUUUUGGA